GAUUUAAGAUUAGAUAAGAUGGCGAAAUCUUGGCUUGGCAAACCCACGAAGACCAAAAUCAAUUCAGCCGCCUGCCACCACUUCCUUUUCGUUUCUAUCAAGAACCCCUGCAUUCAGUAGAUUGAGGAAGACAAUACUUGUCGAGAUCUUCAACAUGCAGAUCUUCGUCAAAACCCUCACGGGUAAGACUAUCACCCUCGAGGUGGAGUCUUCUGAUACCAUCGACAAUGUCAAGUCCAAGAUCCAGGACAAGGAAGGAAUCCCGCCCGACCAGCAACGUCUGAUCUUCGCCGGAAAGCAGCUCGAGGACGGCCGCACCCUCUCCGACUACAACAUCCAGAAGGAGUCGACCCUCCAUCUCGUCCUGCGCCUGCGUGGUGGUGCCAAGAAGCGCAAGAAGAAGGUCUACACCACCCCCAAGAAGAUCAAGCACAAGCGCAAGAAGACCAAGUUGGCUGUCCUGAAGUACUACAAGGUCGACGGCGAUGGCAAGAUUGAGCGCCUGCGACGCGAGUGCCCAACCAAGGAAUGUGGUGCCGGUGUCUUCAUGGCUGCCAUGCACAACCGACAAUACUGCGGUCGUUGCCACUUGACCUAUGUCUUCGACGAGACCAAGUAAGGACUCAAAUUAGGCUUGACAAGUGCAUGUGAAGAAUGCGUCGGGUAUUCUUAGUUAGCCAGGAAAUCGACAAGGUAUCAGACAUGAGGGCAAGUCAGCCAGGCAAAAAAACCAAAAUCUGAAUCGAAUUCUUCACAUCACACAUCUUCUCCAAUAAGUCCCGUCUUUUUUCA